UGUGGCAUAUCCCUUUAACGCCGUGACAAUGGGUGGACUGGUGCAGACGAAAAUGGUGGAGAUGGGUAUAAAUUGUUUAAAAUAAAAAAUAAUCUUUAAGCACAAGACAUUUAGAGCGCCCUUGUAUUUGUUUCCUAAAAGUGCUUCCCACCAUGCUGAUGAUGGAGCAAUCAUCCUCCAGCUGUAGUAGCACCAGUCAUUGUCAAACCACUCAACAUAAUAAAGGUGCCAAGGACCGAGGGCAGGCAAGCAGCAGCAGCAGUGGUGCAUUGGUACAUGUGGAAUUCCCUGAGGUGCCAGUGGCUUUGCUGGAUAGUCUAAAUCAGCAGAGACUAGAGGGUAAACUCUGUGACCUUUCUAUCCAUGUGCAGGGCCAAGUGUUCAGAGCUCAUAAAUGUGUCCUGGCAGCAUCCUCGCCAUACUUCCAUGACCAGGUUCUUCUGAAGAAUGUGAGCUCUGUGGUCCUGCCGUCAGUGAUGGAUCCAUUUGCCUUUGAAAGUGUAUUGAGUUCUGCUUACACAGGAAAGCUGACUAUGGUGACGGACGAAAUUGUGAACUACUUGACUGUAGGCAGCGUGCUGCAGAUGUGGCACGUUGUUGACAAGUGCUCAGAAUUGCUACGGGAAAGCCGGACAGUGGGGAGUGGUGCAAACAGCCAGAGUUCACACAGCAGUAGCACAGGCAGUGUAGACUCCUCUGGUAAUAGCCAUACCAGCAACCGGCUUGGCCAUUGCUCUAGCAGAGCCAGUGAAAAUCAGUCUCCGAGCAGCACCAAUUACUUUAGCCCCAGGGAGGCAGGCUCCAGUGGUUCUACCAAUGCAGGGAAUGGUGUCACCACUGGUGGCUGUAUGUCUGAUGGAACAACAGCAAGUGGGGGAACUGCAACUGUAUCCUUGGAUCGUGAUUCAGGACGCUAUGUACGUCCAGGAGAAGAAAAUUUCCUCGAUGAAGAAGAGAUAAUCUAUCAGCCUGUCAGCUCUAGAAAGAAAUCGGGGCGUAUAAUGCGGCGCCGAAAGAUGGAAGUGGAGGGACAAAGAGAACGGGAGGAAACGGACUUGAGUCUGGGGGAUGAAAAUGAUAUGGAGGACACAGUUAGUGAUAGUGGCAGCUGUUCAUUCAACGCUGGCACAGGACUAAAACGACCUGCAUACAUUCAGCCAAGUAUCAUGCCUCGGAAGCAAUGGGUCUUGGUAAAGAAAGAACGACCCCCCUUAGAGGACCUGCUUUUAACUUGCGAGGAUGAUGAAGACCCUGUGGAGAUUCGGAAUGGUUCUGGACCAGGGCCGGCAUUCAAUUUUGAAGCUGAAAGGGAACGUACUUUAAGUAUUUCAAAUGUAAGGACCCUAUCUGGGAUUGAUAUUCAGGAUCCACCCAAACCAACAUCAGGAAUGCAACAUAGAAGUACCAUGAUGGAUGAACAGGUAAACUUCUGUGAGUCUUCAGAGGAUUAUAUUCAAUUUGAGAGUGGCACAGGUAUGACUGGAGGUACAGCUUCAGGAAGCAACAGCAUGGAGGAUUUGAGUCAUCAUUUAGGAGGAGUUGGUGAAACCAAUAGUGAAACUGGUUCUGGCAGGAGCACAGGCCCUGGUAUCCAACUAAAUUCACAGCGAUCCUUGCUGCCGAUUGACAUGCAGGGUAAUCAGAUUGUUGUGUACCAUCAUGCACAGCUUGCUGUUAGCUCUGCAGUAGCAGGACUUCAGCUUGUAGGUGCAUCUUCCUCAGCCACGUCAUCUUCUUCUGGGGGCAACAAUGGAGUGCAAAGUGUAAACUCUGAGCAUGGUGCCGUUCAAGUCUCCCCACAUGCUUCAGACAGUGGUAAGAUUUUCAUGUGCCACUGCGGCAAGACUUUCACUCACAGAAGCAUGCGAGACAGGCAUGUAAACAUGCAUCUGAAUUUGCGUCCAUUUGACUGUCCUGUCUGCAGCAAAAAGUUCAAGAUGAAGCACCACCUAACUGAACACAUGAAGACUCACACUGGUCUUAAGCCAUACAACUGUGAUCUUUGUGGGAAAAAGUUCAUGUGGCGGGACAGUUUCAUGAGGCACAAGGCACACUGUGAACGCCGCAACAGCCUAGGUGUGGGUGUGACCCUGGGGACGGCAGCUGGGCCUGGUGGUACUGUGCUGGUAGUGUCGCCCCAUAGUAGCAGUGGCAGUAACGUGACAUAAUGGCAAUGAGGACGGCAGGAUGCUGAAGGACAUGGAAAUUGAAAGAAAGAGGCCAAACUAAAAAGCAGUACUCUUUAUAGCAUCGUUGUAGAAUAAAAAGAACAUGGUUGGUGAAGAUGACAAGUGUUUACAAUUAAAAAAUGGAAAAAGUGCUGAACAGAGAACAGUGGAAAUUAGGAACGUAUGAGUGGUCAUGUAAAAAUUGACAAGACCAGUUGACUUUUGCACAUCCUUGCCUUUGUAAAUAAUGUGUACAUUUCCUGUAAAUAUAUUGUAAAUAUCUAACUCCUAAAAGUAGUCUGAUCAGUAUCCGGUAGAAAAAUAAUACAGAGACCUCACAUAUCAUUCAGUGAUAUUUUAAUUGUUGGGUUGAAUCGAGUUUGGGUUUUGGCUGCUGAGAUCACCAAAAUCCUUAAAAAACAAAAAAGUUGCCUACAUUUAGUAGGGCUGGGUGAUAUGACUAAUACAAUCAUCCAUCCAUUUUUAACACUCUUGUCCAACUCAAAGUUCUGCGAAGCUGGAGCCUAAUCGGGCAGCAAUGACUACCAGGUAUGAAGCCAUCCCUUAUGGAAUGGCAGUCCAUUACAUUAAUGAUAAUUAACCCGAAACUAUUUUGCACAAUAUGGAUUUGAAUGCUUUAGCGAGUAUUUCAGUAAACAUCUGCAUGAUAGGCAUUCUUCAUUUUUGGCUUCAGAGCCUAAUGUGAAUCUACCAACAGAAUAUCAGUGGAUAUGAAAUGUAGAUGCCCUGUGUCUAUCAUCUGUGAUCUGAAGGAUUAGCAAUCAAAUUCAAGGACACUAUUCAUUUCAAAGCUCUGUUUUAAACUAAGUAGUAUGCACAAUCACUUGUAACUGAAGAUAUCAAAAAUUAAGCUGCUUAAAGUUUAGCACUUUUUGCAAAGACACAAAACCUUUAUUCCUCAAAAGUGGUUCCAGAGAAAUUGUCUUUCUGCAGUAAACAGACAUUUGCAUUGAACAUUUAUCAGCUAAUGACAUCAACGGUGGACACUAAAUACUGUAAAUAUCUGCUUUGGAAGCUGCAUACUUAGGACUAAAGUGCAAUAGAGCGUCUAAUUCUUAACAGGAAUGCAUGAUGCAGCCCGCCAGGCUGUCUGUAAUAGUUUAAUGCGAGCUGUGUUCAAAUUAAUAAACUUAGUGUUACUGUAUACUUGACCAUCUAA